AACUUAUAGUUGUUUUAUUUUUUUAUUAUUCAUAAUAUUUCCAAGUUAUUUCCUAUGUACUGUACUGCUACAGAUAAAAUCGAAAUGGCAGGCUGUAUGCACGCUUAGCGCUUGCGUACAUAGUCAAUGAUCAAGUUUGAAAAGUUAGUGCUCUAUUUUGAAAACCGGAAGUGAUGUGUGAUUCGUUAGUGCAAGAUGUCAAAUUAAAAUGGCGCACAUAUUUGGCGGCAACGUUCGCAAGCUAUGGGAGCUUAUGCACUGGCAUGUCAAUGGGCUGGACGUCGCCCGUGUUCCCACAGCUGCGCUCUGACAACUCGCCUCUCCCGCGCCCUCCCACGCGACUUGAAGAGAACUGGAUAGGCUCGCUGCUAGUGCUUGGCGGAUUACUUGGACCACUUAUCACAGUGCCACUGUUGAACCGAGUAGGGCGAAGAUGGAUCAUCAUAGGGUCGAAUGUGCCCCUAUUGCUUGGCUGGUUGUUGGCGGGCGUAGCGAAAGAUCUUCCCACGCUGUACGCCGCGAGAGUCAUGUGGGGAUGCGCUACGGGGAUGCAGUUUGCCACCGUGCCCUUGUAUAUUGGAGAAAUUGCUGAAGAUAAAAUUCGCGGAGCCCUAAGCGCCCUGUUCCUGCUAUUCAUCAACGUUGGUUUCCUGCUGGCAUAUGCCAUUGGUCCUUUCUCCACGUACUGGGGCCUCACUGCUAGCGGCGGUAUCCUGUCUCUGUUCUACAUCCCUUUUACUUGGCUCAUCCCUGAGACGCCCUUUUUCCUGGUCUUUAAAGGCAAAAUUGAAGAAGCAUCAUCCGUCCUGCAGAAGUUAAGAGGCCUUCCGAAAGAAGGAGUGGCGCCGGAGUUAGAGGGGUUGCAGGCACUGGUAGCCAGGGAGUUCAGAGUACCAACAAGAAUCAAGGACUUGUGGGCUACGAGGGGUAACCUUAAGGCUCUAGGCAUCUGCGUGUUUCUGGCAAUGUUGUUACAGUUGUCUGGCAUCGACGUGCUAUUGUUCUACAUGGAGGAACUAUUGGAGAGGAUUGGCACCAAAAUAUCCCCAUCUGAUGGCACUAUCAUUAUGGGAGUUGUUCAGGUAGUCACAAGUUGUGUUACUCCACUGGUCGUUGAUAGGCUCGGAAGAAAACUUCUUAUGUGGACCACUUCACUGGGAUUGACUAUAUUCCUGGGCAUAAUAGGCAUCUACGCCCUUCUGGACUCGCAUUUCAAGUACAACGUGGAACCCUACGCCAUCAUCCCGCUUCUCUGCCUCGUCAUAUACAUGAUACUAUUCACACUCGGUGUGGGUCCGGUGCCCUGGAUCUUGGUAGCGGAAAUGUUCCCCAUCAGAACGAAGUGUAUGGCCAGUGGUAUCGCCUCCUUCAUGUGCUGGCUUGCUGGCUUUGUUUGGACCAGGUUUUUCCGUGACGUGGCGGCAUCGUACGGUAUCUACACAGCGUUCUGGGUGCUGGCCGUGUGCUGCGGCCUGGGCUUCGUGUUCUCCAUCAGCCCCUGGCUGCCCGAGACCAAGGGCAAGACGUUCGACGAGAUACAGGAUAUGCUGAACAAUAGGAGCAAGGAGCCCAAGCCUGUGCCAGUAUAGUGUCAUGAUUUUAAUAAUAAAAUUAUUAUAAGUGCCUACGUCUUAAUCGUUUUUACUUAGUUUUAGCCUUUAUGUAACAUUACUUUAAGUUAUUAUAAAUAAGUCAUAUUGUUUAUUAUUUAAAACAAACUUUAUUAUAUCAAAUAAAAUUGGA